AUGAGUAAGCAGAUACUGUACUAUUUACCCAAAAUUUUCUCAAAAAUUAGCUCCAAAAUGUAUGGCCAAACAAUGAAUAUCCAUCAGCAGACAAAUUCAGUCGCCACCAUGGCAGGUGAAGGAUCUGCCAACGCCAAUCAGAGGAAAUUGCCCAGAUUUCUUUGUCUUCAUGGGUUUCGAACGAGUGGAGCAAUUCUGAAGAAGCAAAUUUUUGAUAAAUGGCCAAUUCAAGUUGUGAAUAAAUUGGAUCUAGUUUUUGUUGAUGCGCCAUUUCCAUCUCAAGGCAAAUCUGAAGUUGAAGGCAUCUUUGACCCUCCUUAUUAUGAAUGGUACCAGUUCAAUAAGGAAUUGAAAGAGUAUGAGAAUUUUGAUAAGUGUCUUGAAUAUAUACAAGAGUGUAUGAUUAAGCAUGGACCUUUCGAUGGUCUUCUUGGUUUCUCCCAGGGGGCAAUUCUUUCUGGAGCAUUGCCUGGAUUGCAGGAUAAGGGAGUGGGACUUACAAAGGUUCCCAAAAUAAAAUAUCUGAUAAUAAUUGGAGGUGCGAAAAUGCAGAUUAAAUCACUGGCCGAAAAAGCUUAUUCACCAGCAAUUACAUGCCCUUCUGUUCACUUCUUAGGUGAGAAAGACUUCCUAAAGCCGUCUGGGAUGAAACUUUUGGAAUCAUAUGUUGAUCCAGUGGUCAUUCAUCAUCCUAAGGGCCACACUAUACCAAGAUUUGAUGAGAAAGGAUUAGAGAGCAUGCUUAGUUUCAUUGAGAAGGUGCAAGCAGAGAUUAGCUAGUACAAGUGAACAAGUUUGAUGAAAUUAUGUUUUUAUGUGGUAGCUCCUCGUUUGGGAAGGAUGUCUAUCUUUAAUUUGUUAAAAAUAAUAUGGCUUUGAAUAAUUAAUUUUUUUUUGCUCUCUAGGAAAGAAAAAUUCUAGACCUUAUUAGAAAAGUUACAGAACUAUGGCCUUGCUAUUGUAUUUACGGCAGUAUGCCAUUCGAUU